CGGCAAUGGCUACAGCUACGGCAACAGCAGCAGCAACAGCAACAGCAUCGGCGCCAGCUCGACCAACUGAACCCAAGCGUCUAAUCGUGAGCAUGAAGAGUGGCACCGCCAAAGCCAACAAGCCAGCUUCCCCUGCUCCGCGGCCUUUCUCCGCUGUCCCUCGCCCGUCCCCGUCACCAGCUAUGCAAUCCCCAGUCCCGUCUGCGGCGCCAUCGCCAGUUCCCCGGGAAGCAGACUCGAUUGUAGCACAGUCAAUCACGAAGUCGUCCACGCCGAAGCCGUCCGUCGCUAAGCCGUCUGUCGCAAAGCCUUCCGUCGCAAAACCAUCCCCGUCUGUGCCCAAGCUCCCGACGGCGAAGCCCAUCACCACGAAGCCCUCAGUCGUGAAGCCUGGACUGGCGAGGCCUGGUGUUGCGAAGCCUGUUGUGUCCUCGCCAUCUUUGCAACAAAAUGGACGCUCCACUCCCCAAGCCACCCCUGAGCCCAGUGGCACUGGUACCAACAACAAGUUGCAGAAGAGACCUCGGCCUGAUAAGGUGCCGGGAGUCGACGACGCAUCUCCGGUUCUCAAGAAGCCGAAGUUGAGCAUUCGGCCGGACGGCACUGUUGUUAAGAAGCGGAGGAUGUUUAGGUUUAAGCACCCUAACCUCCGGCAGAUUCUGAAGAAGGCCGGCGUUAAGAACAUGGGCCCCGUCAGAGACCCGUCCCAGCUGAAGAACCGCAAACCCGGGCAUUCUUUGAGCGCCCGCGCGUCUCCGGCUGGGUCCCCGGCCCCUUUCCCGUCCGAGAGCAUCAAUGCCAAGCCAGCUCGGAAGCCUCUACCUGGGGGUCCGUCGACGGCCAGUCCUUCACCAGGCCCAGCUUCACUGCCGCCCAAGCCUCCGCCGCAGGCAUCUCCACCGCAGACAUCUCCACCGCCUGCCGAGGGUCAGGCCCCGAAGAAGGUUAAGCUUGUCAUCAAGAAGCCGUCGUCGCUGCCAAAGUAAAUGGCCACUAUGUUUU